UGUCAUACUAUUAUAUUUUACGAAUUUAUACGUUAUCAACGACCCGCGUUGAGUAUUUUACGAGCGUUCGUGUGUUUUGUGUCGGUUUCCGUGACGUAAACGUAGUGAUGUCGGCGCUGGGGGCUCAUAACCUCUGCGCGGCGCGCGUUCGCUGCAUCACGUAACGACGGGAGUGCCCUGAUGGUGAGAAGAACCGCGAUGGUGCUGAGUACCGAGUGGGCGCAGGUUGAAGUCGUCGAGCUCACUAAUGAUGGCAACGGCCUGGGGUUUAAUCUGGUAGGCGGGCGCAGCACCGGGGUUGUCAUCAAGUACGUGCUCCCGGGCGGCGUAGCGGACAAGGACGGGCGCCUGCAGAGCGGGGACCACGUCCUGCAGGUGGGCUCCGUCAACCUCCGCGGCUUCACGUCGGAGCAGGUGGCGGCCGUGCUGCGCCAGGCCGGGCCCGCCGUGCGCCUGCUAGUCGCACGCCCCGCCGACCCCGCCGCGGCCCUGCGAGCGCCACUACCCGGCACGGCGCUUGUUCCCACGAAGAUCCUCGGUGACCCCGAAUUACUCGACCGUCACCUCAUCGAGACUGGCUAUGGUGCUGUGUAUGACCUGUCUCAGUGCUUCACUGACUACAUCAAUGCUCAAAAUGGUAUUACUGAGCCCAGCUUAGUAGCAGCAGCUGUCAGUGUUAUUGGUGAUAAUCCUCAGCAGAUACCUGACCAUCCUAUCAUAUCUGACACCAUCUCCCCCACCAUCACAAUCACUGUGCCGGUGGAGAUCCCCAACCAGCCAGAGAUUGAGAUAGUUCAUGUGGAUUUGAAUAAGAACGUGUAUGGAUUGGGUAUAACAGUAGCUGGUUAUGUGUGUGAGAAGGAGGAACUGUCCGGUAUAUUUGUCAAGAGUAUUAUUGAAGGCAGCAGUGCUGAACAAAGUGGUAAAAUUAGAAUUAAUGAUAGAAUAAUAGAAGUUGAUGGAACCUCUUUAGCGGAUAAGACUAACCCACAGGCAGUAGAGAUUUUAAGAAACACAGGCAUAUCUGUGCACUUAGUGUUAGAGAGAUAUCUGAGAGGUCCUAAGUUUGAGCACCUUCAGCUAGCUAUAUUUAAUGAGGAGCGUCCUACGUCCCCGUCACCGUCUGCAACUACCUUAUCCUGGUUCCCAGUGCCUUCCCAAGCUGAAAAUAGUACUGUAGAAAUUGAACCUGAGCCUGAGUCUAACACUACUAUAGACUCUAAUGUUCUGGAAAUUGUUGAUACACAAGAACUGACACAAGAGCCUACACAGGAGGAGUUAGACAAGAGAUUUGAUGAACUAUUGGCUGUUGAUAAAGAAGAAAUUAAGAAAAAGUGGGAAGGAGAAGUAGGGCCUGACAAAGAAAUAUUAGUUUGUGAAGUGAGCAAGCUUGAAGGCUUGGGCAUCAGUCUUGAAGGAACUGUUGACGUAGAGGGAGGUCAGGAAGUGAGGCCUCAUCAUUACAUCAGGUCUGUACUCCCUGAGGGUCCUGUAGGCCAGGAAGGCAGUCUUUCAGCUGGGGACGAACUCCUUGAGGCAAAUGAGUAUAGGCUUCACGGAUUGACUCACAUGGAAGUAGUGAAUAUUUUGAAGAAGCUUCCAAAUAGAGUGAGAUUAGUGUGUGCACGUAGUAGCAUAGACAGUGGUCCCCGUCCACUUAUUAACUUGGCUUCAGACAGAGAAGGGUUUGAGGCAAGGAAGAUUAUAUCUGGCAGCUUGAACAAUUUGACCACUCUAGUCAAAGCCCAGUCUGACACUUCUAUCAACACAUCCAGCACAGCUACACUGACCAAUCACUCCGGACAUUCAAAGAAGUCAAGGUCUCUGGAGUGUGUAUCAGGCUUAGCCAUGUGGCAGAGCAAAGAAGAUAUCGUGGAGCUUUUCAAAGGUGACCAAGGAUUAGGUUUCUCCAUUUUAGACUAUCAAGACCCCAUAGAUCCUCAGGGCACAGUUAUAGUUGUCCGUAGUUUAGUGCCUGGUGGAGUAGCAGAGAAACAUGGUGAUAUUUCACCAGGUGAUCGAGUUAUGUCUGUAAAUGGAGUCAGUAUUAAAAAUGCUACCCUAGACCAAGCCGUGCAAGCUUUGAAGGGCGCUCCAAGAGGAAUUGUGAGGGUUGGAGUAGCAAGGCCACUGCCCCCACAAGAUACCAAGUCUAAAAGUACCACAACACUGAACACAAAGCCGAGUUAAUCUUUAAAUGUGUUUUAAAACCGUACUAGUCACGUUGAGUCAUAUCUGUAUGCUUUAGGGUCUACAUAUCGGAGAGUGUGUUGGCUGGGAAGAAUCUGACAUAUUGUGUAGCUCUCUAUCUCAUUUUUAACGAAUUUAAAUAGCUUUAGAAGCUUUUAGAUGUUGAUUUUAAUCAGAUAUGCAUCGUUUUAACAUGUACAUUAUAUUGAGUUGGUGAAAUCUCAAGAUAUAUGUCAGAAUCUCUCCAAGGGUUGUUGGUAGACAUAUGAUCACAAGAGUGCACAACAGAGCUCAAACUCGUAUGAUACAAUAAUAAUUAACGCUUUACUAGAUAAAUAGUAUUAUGUAAGACACACACAUGUCAUUUUAAAUGCACAUUUUAAUAGUUAUGUAUGUGCUGUUGAAUGUUUGAAUUCAUGAAAACGGGUGAGCCAUACUUAUGUGGGAAAACAUGCAUGUUGUCUUUGUAUGCGUAAGCUCGGAAGAGCUCAGUAGUGACCGAAUCGCCGACUCAUACAAAGACAUUAUGCAUUUUUACAGUUAUACACACAAGUAAAGUUCUUAUUUUUAUUGAAAUUUUUAUCAAACUUACAAUGCAAUAACAAGGUUUUAAAUAUGUUUGAGAGACAUGCCUUGUAGGUACUAUUGUUCAAUGCAACUUUUUUUGCCAUGGACAACAAGAGUUCAAAACAUUCAGUCAGCUAUCCUACCUAUAAUAAUUUUACACAAAACGUUCCCUGUAUUGGACAAUCUUUUUUUACUCUAGAUUGUAAUAUCACGUAUCUUGUAGAUAUUUACCUAAGGGAGCAAUUAUAUAAAAUAAAUAUUAUGUAAUGUAAAUACGGAUAUUUGAAUCUCAACACUUGCAUCAAAUAGUAUUAUAAUAUUAAUAUGUAAUUAUAUAAAACAAUAAGGAUUUGAUUGUGAAUUGAGUUAUUGCCUUUUUGUAAAAUUUUGUAAGUAUUGUGUAUAGUUUGCAAUAACCUAAGUGUAUACAGCAUCAUAUUUAUUUAUGAAACAGAUUUUUUCAAUCAUAAAUAAUAUACUUGUAUUUAUUUUUAAAGCGUCUACAAUAUUGUACGUUAAUUUUAUUGUAAAUUGAAUGGUAUGUCUUUAGAAACCAAUGCCAGUAUGAAUUUCAGUAUGUUUGUAAAAAUAAUUUCGCACUAAAUAGGCGGGCACAUGUGAUAUGAAUGUUAGUCGUAGGUUUUAGUCUCCAUUACAAUGCAAACACUGAAAAUGUAUAGCACAAAGAUCUAGGGAGGAUGAGGAAUAUAUCAAACUAUUACUUUAAAUAAUAAAAUGUAUCAAUAUCAAUGAACACAUCAAGCCAAUGCUUGAUUUUUGCAAAAUGGUGAUUUAAAUUCCAACAUUUCCUCAGACUGAUAAAAUACCAGACAUAAAAAUUGGCGAGGUUUUGGUUAUCUUCUUUGCAUAAGAUUUUCUGUUUUAACCUACUUGAAAAAGAAGAGGAUUUUCCUAUUUUUAAUAUUUUCAUGUCUCAUUUAUUUCGCCUGAUCUCUCUCGUAACAAUAAAUAAUUAAGCUUUCCAGUUCACAUUAAUGUAUGCACACGAUCAAAUCACUAAAUAAUUAAUAGGCCACCGAAAUGAGGCUUCGCGUGUCUUAUUGUUUCUGUAAAUUAUUAAUAAUAUUCAUGUCUAUAAUUAGUGAAGUUUGUUUGUGUUGAUAUUAAUUUGGUAUUCAUGUUUUUGAUGUUUUAUUCUUGGUGGAAACAUCUAACAAUUUUGGCCUACAAACGUAUUUCGAUAUUGAAUGAAUCGUUUAAGUUUUUUAUGAAUUUAAUUUUGGUUUGUUUGAUCUCAAAAUUGUCGUGAUACUGAAAAAAACAGUAAAUAUUUUAUUGCAGUUUAGAUUUGAUCAUGUUGGGUUUACAUUGAGCUGUUGAUAGUCAAUUUUAUUUUUAUUUGAAAAAGAAUAUGUAGGUAGGUACUUUCUUUUACUUUAAAAAAAACCCAUUUUAAUAUUCGACCACCAGGCAUUUUACCUAAACUUAAAAAAAAACUAUUCACAUAUUGCCUAAACCCUAAAAGUAACUUAGUAGGAAUCGAACAAAACACUAAUUGUAGGAUUUUAAAUAUUGAAAUAAUGGACCUACACUUUUGGCCAGUAAAAAUGAGUCCCGAUUUUUUUUUCUAAAAAAAGAUUCAAUAAGGCUAUCGUGAAACGGUUCAUAGAUAUUUCUAUAUUACCAAUGUGUAUAAUAAAUGGGCGACAUUUUUUGUUACUUUGUUUGCACCAUAAAGGCUCCGAAACUGCUGAAUCGAUAUAAAAAAAAAUUCACUGUCGGAAAGCUACUUCUUCCCGAGUAAUAUAGGAGAAACAUAUUUUAUCCCUGUGCCAGCAGUAGUUCUCACAGGACGCGGGUGUAACUGCGGGAAAACGGCUAGUAGGUACUCACUAGAUUCAAUAAAACAGUAUUAUAUUUUGAUUUAUCAGAACCGUCUGUGGCUAUUUUUAAAAGCACGCUCAUUCUAUCGAAGCAUACAGACAUUUUGAUAUACAACUAUAAAUAAUAAGAAUAUCGGAUCUAAGGUGAUGUGUUCACCGCCUUGAACCAUAAAUAGAUCGCAUUUAUUAUUUAAAUCUGUCUGAAAUAUGUGCCGUGAGGAUUUCCUAUUUCUGUAAGGUUUUAUUUACACUUGCGAGCAAAAAUAUGUACUCACUACACCAAUAUACUAACUGCAGAAUAUAAUGGUAACUUCGCAAGUAACAGGUAUUGUUUUCUUCUUCCUUAAAAUCCAACAAAGUCUUGUGUUUCAAUGAAGGGAUAAUAUGGGAAUGUAAUGGGAUACAGCCAAAUUGAAUAAAGGAAUUCAAAGACUUUAUUCAGUUAUUGAGUAAAAAAAUCAAAUUAAAAUCUUGUAGUCACCACACCAUGCUCCAAAACAUUAGUUUUCCCGCAAAAGCGUGCGUGUUUGAGCUCAACUAACGAGUUCUCGCUGUAGUCGUAAACUCCGCCAGUCGCACAAUAAUGUUGAUUACACAGUUUGAACAAAAUGAAAUGUUAUCACGGUCGGAAAUAACGCAUACUCAGAUGUUUCUUAGUAUCGAUGAAACAGUAGGUGUAGUGGGAUUUAUAUCCACACGUGUGAGAUGCAUGAUCUCUUUUGAGACUGUUAAUUUAUUAAUGAGUCUUUUUUGGUACUGUGACCACAAUCUUAGAGAAACCCGUCGCCACUUUCAUCUACUUUUCAUCUAUAUUCCAUCUUUCGGUAUUGAAAAAGUGAAAGCUUAACUUAAUCCCUGCCUGCCUUCCAUCCUUCCAUGAUAAAAGUCGUCAUUACAUUAUGCAAAAAAAUGGUAAAUCAAUCCGAUUUGUGACAGAAAAAUGAUUGAGUCUCUGAAAGUCCAUCAAGUUCAUCUAAAGAUUUAAUCUUACUAAUUUCGGGAGCCGUGAUCCGAUAGCCUUGAUAAAAUUAAUUUAAGAGGUUCGCCGAUUUAUCGGACUAAUAGAAUAUAGGUAUUUUAUGAACUUAGAAUAUGAACCUUUGAAAAUCAGGCCUACCCUACCACUCAGCAAUCAAACAUUACUGUACAUUUAUAAUAUCUAUGUAUAAAUAUAUAAAUACAUUUGCUGUAAUAAAUCUUUGGCCGAUUACAAUCGAGUGCACAUAAAGUAUACAAAUGUUGUAAUUUUUAUAUUUUUGUCACCUUCACAUAAUGUUAUGCGCUCCAUUGUAAUGGGCGAAAAGUAAUAUUUUUAUAAUAAGAUGAACCUCAAUAGCCGAAUGUUGAUAACUAGAAGAGAGCGCACGCAGAAGGAUCCUUACAUUCUAGGUUUUUUUCAUCAGCAAGACUGAUUUUAACACGAUACUUUACAUUCUGGAAAAGGCAGCGUCCCAGCAUCACCAAAGCAUGCAUCAUGGAUAUGAGCAUGAUGCAGUGCACCUCAAAUAUUAUACUAAGAUUUGUAUUUUAAAUUGACAUUAGUAACUUAAUUUAACUGAAAAAAAUAUAUUAUUAUCUAUAGUUUCCUGAUGCGUGCAAUCUUCAAAAAUGGCAUUCAUGUACAUUGCAACACACCACGAAUCUUCCGUUCAGCCAGACUGAAAUAGAUAUAAAAUGUCUAAUUUACCAAAUCUAGGAAUAUGUGGUUUUCAUUUAAGCGUGGUAGAUUUAUUUGCAAUACAGUGUAAAGGCGGGUUUGCGUGUUCAAGUAACAUUUUGUUAUGUCGAGAACGUAAUUCACUAUUUAUUUCUUUGAGAGUAAUUAUGAGUAUUUCUUGUUACGGAUUUGUAGUUGAAAAUAACAUAAAGGCUCGUACAUUUUUCUGACAAUAUUUUCUUUUUUCUUGCUUAAACAAAAUCACAUAUUCUUAGCGAAUAUAACAACAUAAUAUAAAUUAAAUACAUAGUUUAGUUACGGCACUUGUAUUAUAAACGACUCACACCUAGCAUUACACUCAGAUGUAAUAUAAAGAGGAUAAAUAUAUAAAUAAGAAAUUA